AAUCAACACAUCAUGCAUGCAUGCAUGCAUGGUGUCACUUCACAAACAAGCAAAGAAUGAACAAAAAGAACAUUAACCACGAUGCUGCUGGCCCUUCUCAUGGUCUUAAUUAAGGUUUUAAGACCAACCAUCAUAUCAUCGUACCUCACAAGUCACAACACAAACACUUAGAAUCCCCAAAAUGAUCCGAUUAAGAAAUCGUCAAAUGAACCAUGAACCCGUUCCCGGAGUUCCCCCUCUCCAACAAGAUGACUACAAGCUCAAAGACACAAGCCCACAACUGGGUGAGCGAUUGGCAACCACAUAUGAUCUCGUGGAACAAACGUACCAUCUUUAUGUUCGUGUCGUGAAGGCCAAAGACCUUCCUGUUGGGUCAGAUCCGUAUGUCGAGGUCAAGCUCGGGAAUUAUCGAGGCCGAACAAGGCAUUUCGAGAAGAGACCAAACCCUGAGUGGAACCAAGUCUUUGCCUUCUCGAAAGACCGUGUUCAAUCAUCAACUUUAGAAGUUUAUGUAAAAGAUAAAGAGACAUUCGGGCGAGACGAUUAUAUUGGAAAAGUGGUUUUCGAUUUGAACGAGAUUCCAACACGAGUGCCGCCGGACAGCCCGUUGGCUGCGCAGUGGUACCGACUGACGGACCGGCGGGGCCAAGGGGAGAUCAUGGUUGCGGUCUGGAUGGGGACACAAGCAGACGAAGCAUUUCCUGAAGCUUGGCAUUCAGACGCUUCAUCUGCUCAUGGAGAGGGUGUUUUUAACGUCCGAUCGAAAGUUUAUGUGUCACCGAAACUUUGGUAUUUGCGGGUGAACGUGAUAGAAGCUCAAGAUGUUAUCUCGAACGAUAGAUCGCGUGUUCCAGAUGUUUCCGUGAAGGCGCAAGUGGGAAACCAAACAUUGAGAACAAAGAUAAGUUCCGUACGUACAAUGAAUCCUCUAUGGAAUGAAGAUUUUGUGUUUGUUGCAGCCGAGCCAUUUGAGGAACAUUUGGUUCUCACCGUUGAGGAUCGGGUUCAUCCUUCGAGAGAUGAGGUUCUCGGGGCAUUGAGUCUACCUUUGACAAUGUUCGAGAAGCGACUUGAUCAUCGGCCAGUUCAUUCUCGAUGGUUCAAUCUUGAGAAGUAUGGACUCGGUGAAACUAGGUUUUCUAGUAGAUUGCAUAUUAGGGUUUGCUUAGAAGGGGGAUACCAUGUUUUAGAUGAAUCGACGUUGUAUAUAAGCGAUCAACGACCGACCGCUAAACAACUAUGGAAGCAGCCGUGUGGUGUUCUCGAAGUUGGAAUUUUGGGCGCAGAAGGCUUGCUUCCGAUGAAGAUGCAUGAUGGGCGAGGGUCCACCGAUGCUUAUUGUGUGGCGAAGUACGGACAAAAAUGGGUUCGGACACGAACGUUUCUUGACACGUUGAACCCUAAAUGGAACGAGCAAUAUACAUGGGAAGUUUACGAUCCGUGUACGGUCAUCACACUCGGUGUUUUCGACAAUUGUCAUUUGGGAGCCGAGAAAUCAGAUACAGGACGAGAUUCAAGAAUCGGGAAGGUCAGGAUUCGGAUAUCUACUCUCGAAGCUCAUCGAAUAUACACACAUUCAUACCCACUUCUCGUACUUCACCCCUCUGGGGUGAAGAAGAUGGGUGAGCUCCAACUUGCGGUUCGGUUCACCACGUUAUCACUAGCCAACAUGGUGUACAUCUAUGCACACCCUUUAUUGCCCAAGAUGCAUUACUUGAACCCGUUAACAGUUAACCAAGUCGAAACAUUAAGGUACCAAGCCAUGAACAUAGUGGCGGCGCGUCUAGGUCGAGCCGAACCACCCCUUCGGAAAGAGGUAGUUGAGUACAUGUUAGAUGUGGAUUCUCACAUGUGGAGCAUGAGAAGAAGCAAAGCGAACUUCUUUCGAAUCAUGGCGUUGCUUUCGGGAUUAUUUUCUGUUAGUCGGUGGUUCAACAACGUUCGGGAAUGGAAAAACCCGAUCACGACAGUCCUCGUUCAUAUCUUGUUUUUGAUAUUGUUAUGGUAUCCCGAGCUGAUACUUCCGACUAUCUGCCUCUACAUGUUCUUGAUCGGGUUAUGGAACUACAGGUUCCGAGCCCGACACCCGCCUCAUAUGGACCCAAAACUUUCGUGGGCUGAGGCGGUGCACCCUGACGAACUCGAUGAAGAGUUCGACACGUUUCCAACAUCAAGACCACCAGAUGUAGUCCGAAUGAGAUACGACCGGAUUCGAAGCAUUGCUGGGAGGAUUCAAACAGUUGUAGGAGAUUUGGCUACACAAGGAGAACGUAUAGGGUCUUUGCUUAGCUGGAGAGACCCUCGAGCUACAAGUCUCUUUGUCGUUUUUUGCCUUUGUUUAGCUGUUGUUCUUUAUGUGACUCCUGUUAGGGUGGUGGCUUUAGGUGGGGGAUUAUACAUGUUAAGACACCCUAAGUUUAGAAGCAAGUUGCCAUCGGUUCCUAGCAACUUCUUUAAGAGACUACCAGCUCAAACGGAUAGCUUACUCUAACUGGCAUCAAAUCAUCAAGCAAAAGCAAGAAUCUUUCCUCGUUUUGGUUUUUUAACAUGUUUGACUUCAGUUUCUAUGUAAUGUUCAAUUAAUUAUAAUAAUAAAUGUUUUUCCCUUCUAUGAACACGUCUAGAUCAAAAUAAUUUCUUGGGUAUGUUUAGUAUAGCAUCCUACUUCUAUUUCUUUUUAUUACAACAUUGUAGUCCUAGUCUUGAAAUCUUCAAACUAUAGCAAUGUAAUUCAAAUACAGAACAAUUUUGGAAUUAUAAUGUUUUGAAGAGGAUGCAGAUUAUAGAUACCAAAAUUCAAUUGCAAAAAGGUAAUUUCAUUGUUGACAACCAUCAAAAACUGACAGAAUGCAGCCUCAAAAUCUAGAGCUUACACAAACAUAAUCAAGAAAACAAAAUUAACUCAAAGACAUUUCAUCUAAAAGACAAGCUCAUGUGGUUUCAUGCCUG